AUGAGCAGAACUAGUAGCCGAACCUUCUCAGAUGAUCGUGACGUUGACACUGGAGUCACUUCUACCCUCUCCUUGGUUACUGCAGAUCAGGUAUCUUUGUUUUUCCUAUUUUAAGUAAAAAUCACUUAACGAAGAUGUAAGAAUUACCUAAACCUUCUGUAGACGUACGUGUGCUUUGAUGUUGAACAACCAUGUGACGCGAAGCAAGAAUUGGUUGUCUCCAGAAGCCCGGAUCUUGCGGAUUCUGAUUUGAUCGCCUUCCGAAUGCGUACCAAUGCUCCGACUCGCUACAUCGUCAACCCCAAUUCUGGAGUCUUGACCAAAGCUCGUCCUCAGCAGACUGUAAGUUAUCCUAAAAUACUUCUGUCUGUUUUGAAAUCGAAUUGAAGUAUGACCCGGUAGAUAAAUUUGCAAUUUAUGUACCUAUAUACAGAACUAAUAUACAUGCAGACAUAUCUUGUUUUAGAUGAAGAUCGAAUUGGUCGGAAACAGAUUCAACCCCCAUCAUCGUCUUGUUGUUCAGGCAAUCAAAAUCGAUUCUGAAGCCGAGUUGAAGCAGGUAUGGAAGUCUAAUCGCAUCCAAAAAGAACUCCAAGUUAUCCCACUCGAACUGAGCACCACUCUCAUGAGCAUCGACACCACUAACAACAUUGACAACGUAUGUUAUCUAAGAAUAUUUCAAAAUCAGUAAAAUUAGCGUUUACAACUUCAUAAUUCUGCUUCCAGAUUGAUGACACGGUUUCCAUAACAAGUAUCUUGGAACAAAGCUCGCGAACUGGGGAUGGACGAGUGAAAGAACUUGAAGGUGUCAAUGCCAUGCUGAAAGAUGAUAUAGAAAAGAUCAACAACAACACCAAAUCAGCGUUCAGAUUGAAAGACAUACUUCUGAAGCAGAUUUCCCAAAGAAAAGAACUAUUGGAAGACCUGAAGAAGAAGUUGAAGACCAGAGAAGAAGAAUAUACUCGACUUGCCAAGAAGCUCGAGUCUCAAGAAGUAAUUCUGAAGCAUCUACAGACUCCGAAGAACGGCGAUAACAACAACUGUGUCAUCUCAUAG